UGAAAAUGAGCUAUAUAGCUCAGUGGGCCUCACCUGUUAAAAUAAAAAUCGUCUAGUUUAUUGUACCUCCCGUUGUGGUUGUGACCGCGACUCGCGUACGACCCACUCCAGCGAGAGACCCGUGAACGAUUUAAUUCGGGCAUUAACCCCCUGGGAAUGGCGUUAUGAGAAAUGCAUCGGACGACACUUCUUGGGAACUUUAACUCAGCAACGAGCAUCGGAGAGGGGUCGCUGCUGUUAUGUCAACAGCCCUGCAGCCUCAAUCAACGAAGAACGCACUCUGACGCAGGGUGGGAAUAGCAAGAAGGGGAGGAGUGCCUGGGAUGGGAGGGAGACUUGGCCCUCUGCUAUAUAAGAAAAAUCCCUGCAGCAAAUCAAAAGGACCGCGUAUAACCCAACCAACCGCACUGUGGGUUGGGUUUAUGGCAGCUCCGUAUUAAAUAUCCCAUGCUUUCUUACUCCCCCACCCACCCACCCCACCCCUCCUACCAUCCACAAACCACCCCCGAUCGUACCUCCUCCGUCUUAAAACUACCCACGGUAAUUAGCCCGAUCGAGACUGCGUGUGACGGAGAAGCGCGCGUUCGCCGAACGGAUUUUAACUCGUGGGCUAAAUUCGAGUCCUCCCCGCGUUUCAAACUCUUUAAAUCUCUUAACACGGCUGUAUAACAAUACUAUUUACACACACACGUAUUCGGAGCAGGGAUUACCGUCGGUGUAUCUAGUCACACAGAUACAGACGUGUGCUUUUGUAAUUACACACACACACAUACAUGCGCAUACGUGUGGGUUACGUAAAUCUUGCAGACUGUAGAAUGAGAUCGUAGCAAGGCUACAUAAAUAGCACAGAGCGCAAAGUUCUGAGUUGAGCAUACACACAGACACGCGCGAGCAAGCUCAGCGUCACUCGCAACUGGGGUCACAACUGCUGAUGUGUUAGUAGGCUGUAAGUGUUCAAUCGCGUUAACAACAACCCUAAAUAUCACAGACCCAGCCCGCCUGCCACCCUGGGCUGCUGUGCUCACCGACGCGACUCGGGAAAGGACUUGAAGUUUGAACUAAGGUGUAGUAGUAGCGGGUGACAUCCUCCGACACACGCGACGAGCAGAAGUUGUAAGUAGGAAUAACAACAGCUGGUCGGCAUACGCGGAUAGGCGGCGUUGACGAGAGAUGCGGGUUGGAGGAUCGGCGCUGACGCCGCCGCUGCUGCUGCUACUGCAUUUCGUGGCAUGUCACUCUUGGCUGUGUCCGGCCAAUUGCCGAUGCUUAGAGCAGAGGGUGGAGUGCGUUGGGAUGAGAAACCUUGACAUACCAUCACCUCUGCCCAGGGACAGCACCUUCUUAAGGUUCAUGGACACGAUGAUAGAAGAAAUUCCGGGGGGUGCCUUCAGUGACCUUCCCAACAUUACAAAAAUAUUCUUCUCCAUCGCCACCCAGUUGCGACACGUUCAGGCGAAUGCUUUCUCCAACCUCGUGGAGCUCAAGUACCUAGAAAUUAAACACGCAAAGAAUCUUACUCGCAUACAUCCGCUAGCUCUCCAAAACCUCCCCAAUCUCAAGUAUCUCACCAUCACCAACACUGGGAUCAGCAGCUUCCCGAACCUGCGAUGGGUCCGCUCCACGAUCAUGGGCUUCAUCCUGGAGAUGGCUGACAAUCUCAACAUGCCCCUGAUUCCUGCCAACGCGUUUGAAGGCCUGAGCUCAGACACCCUCAUACUGAGGCUGUACAACAACGGCAUCAGAGAAGUGAAGAGUCACGCGUUCAACGGCAGCCGACUCCACCGAGUGGAGCUGUACAGAAAUGAACACCUGCAGAAACUCGACAAUAACGCUUUCGCCGGCGUGCUGAGAAGUCCGGACUACCUUGACGUGUCUUGGACCGCCAUUGAGUCCCUGCCAAGCCAGGGCCUGGACAACCUGCGCAUCCUGCGAGCCGAAGCGACCACGCGCCUCAAGCAUCUGCCACCAACCUCGGUGCUCAAGGCCCUGCUCAACACGUCGCUCACCUACCCGAGCCACUGCUGCGCCUUCCGCGGCAUGAAGCGGCAGUUGGGAAGGUCGCUGGAGCUGCAUUGCAACCAGACGACCCUGUACCGCUCGCGCAUACGCAGGGCGGCGGCCCUGACACAGGGCAAGGCGCCUCCACUCGGCAUCGACGCCAACGGCAGCAGCAGCGGCGAGGCGUGGAGCUCUGGGGAGGACGACCGGUCGGCGCAGAGCGGCCACUACUACUUGCCCUUCCUGGAGGAGCCCGAGGACACCAACGUCGGUUUCGGGGAGCAGAUCCGCGUCACCAAGAGCAAGGGCUCGGCCACCUUCGAGCACUCCUACGGCGGUGACCCGUUUGAGUUCUGCAUCCCCCGAGACAUCACCUGCUUGCCCAAGCCCGAUGCCUUCAACCCGUGCGAAGACAUCAUGGGCGACGAGUUCCUGCGGAUGAGCAUCUGGUUCGUCAGCCUCCUGGCGAUCGUCGGCAACCUCUUCGUCCUCCUCAUCAUCCUGACGAGCCACUACAAGCCGACGGUGCCGCGCUUCCUCAUGUGCAACCUGGCCUUCGCCGACCUCUGCAUGGGCAUCUACCUGCUCAUCAUUGCCGGGUUCGACCUGUACAGCCGCAGCGAGUUCUACAACCACGCCAUCGACUGGCAGACGGGGCCCGGCUGCAACAUCGCGGGCUUCGUGUCAGUGUUCGCCAGCGAGCUGUCGGUCUACACGCUCAUGGUGAUCACGGUGGAGCGCUGGCACGCCAUCACCUUCGCCAUGCGCCUCGACCGCAAGAUCCGCUUCCGCCAGGCGCUCGGCGUCAUGGCCGGCGGCUGGCUGUUCUCGGUGGUCCUGGCCGGCAUGCCGCUCUAUGGCGUGAGCAGCUACUCCAAGGUGAGCAUCUGCCUGCCCAUGGAGGUCGAGACGUUCGUGGCGCAGGCCUACGUGGUCACCGUGCUCGCGCUCAACGUCCUGGCGUUCGUGAUCAUCUGCGCCUGCUACGUGCACAUUUACAUCACCGUGCGUAACCCCAACUACAUCUCGGGCAACCAGGACACCAAGAUCGCCAAGCGCAUGGCCAUACUCAUCUUCACGGACUUCAUCUGCAUGGCGCCCAUCUCCUUCUUCGCCAUCUCGGCGGCGUUCAAGCUGCCGCUCAUCACGGUGUCGCACUCCAAGAUCCUGGUCGUGGUGUUCUACCCGCUGAACUCGUGCGCGAAUCCCUUCCUCUACGCCGUCUUCACCAAGACGUUCCGUCGCGACUUCUUCAUCCUGCUGAGUCGCCUCGGGUUCUGCGAGGCGCGAGCGCAGCUCUACCGCGGGCAGACGGCGUUGAGCGUCCACCCGUCGGGCGUGCGCAACGGCAGCUGGACGUCGAGCCACCGUGGCAGCGGUGGGACAGUGUACACGCUCGUCGCCCUCAACGGCAGGGAUGGCGCGGCCGGCAAGGGCGGCGGCGGCGGCGGCGGCGAGGUGCCCGGCGUCGUGUCGCCGUGCGCCGCGAAUCCUGGCACGUGCGUGCGGUGCGUCCUGUGAGCGGCCCGGAGCGCCAUCUCUUCCCGUGGCUUUUUUGUGUGAUUCUGCGACCCUCGGGGCAAGCUGAAGGUGUCCAUGUACGAAGUGCUGUUCAAAAGUGAAAAUAUCUUUGAGCACAAAAAAAAAACUCUUACGCCUUCGCGACAGAUGUGGAACUUGGAUACGCGUUUCAAACUGGUGAAGCUUGCUUGUUUUUUUUUUUGCCAGGCCAAAAUCAGUAUGUUUGGAAAAACAUUUUGGGACAAUAUAUAUCCUUUAGUUUCAAGUGUAAUGGAUGGGUGUGGGACAUCAACCAUAUAGGGAACAACUUUUGGAUACAGCGGCCAUCCCCGUUUGGAGGGGGAGUCCCACUCAUUACCCCGUCAAUGUGACUGUUGGGCAUCAGCCCCUCUGUGGCUCGUUGCCAUGACAAUUUCACGGUGCAGAAGAACCACCACUCGAUAAUUUCAACUGCACGCUGAGAAUUUUCGUGAGAUAAGUUCUCUGCAAAAGAAAACCCAGCCAAAGGAAAUCUGCAUCUUUUUUUUGUGCCCACGAGGUUCACUUUUUUUUAGUCCGUUGAGACGAAUGUGACUUGAAUUAUUGCCGCUGCUGAAGAGCUUUACGGUUCCAAAAUAAAAUAGUUUUAAACAUUAUGAGAGUUAUAAAUGUACACAAAUUUGGGUACGUAUGUAAAAAAAAAUGGAGAAUUUUUUUUUGGUAUUUUUUAAGCAAUCAUCAGUGUUGUCAGUAACAGUUUUGCAGAAUUUGACUCGCCAGGGCAUGUCAUCGCUGCGCAUAAAAUAUGCAUCAUCUUGAUCAUUUUUUGAGUGUAUUAAGAGGACAGAGGUGAACGGUGAUCCUGGGAACUCACAUCACUGACAAUCGAUUCCCCCUUCAUCAAAGGGGCAUUGGUUCCACUGUCAGUGUAGAGAGAGAUUGGGUACCCGCACGUUUACCCACCAGGUGUGAUCCACAAAUCGAGUUGUGCUAAGCGCCCCGUUGUGUGCACGGCAUGUAGACACGAGUCAUGCCGAUGAAGAAGGCUGAUGAAUGCCCUCCACAGGCCUAUCCUCGAAAGAGCUCGGAAGGAGCGGAUGUUUCAGGAGACCGAGACACACUUUGUUUUUAGUGACCCGACCAUUUAUCUUAAUUUUGGUGCUGGAGGCCGGGGGGGGGGGGAAGGGGGCUUCCUACACACGUCGUCCAUAAUCCAAACAGAAAAUGUGUACAAAUGUAAUUGCAGUUUACGGUCCUUUUUGGUGAUUUUUUUUAUUGUAAUCGCGAACGUAUUCAUAUUCUGUAAUUAAUUUGAAACUGUCGGGUGUUGUAACGUUAUAUAUCUAUUUGCAAUUGUAUGUACACUUUUUUUUUUAAAUCUCUGCGGUGCCUGUGUUAUUCGACUCGAUGCCAUUUGUUGUCUCGUCACAGUUACUUUAAGUUGCGUAUUUUUCUAUCGCGUGCAGGAAAAAAACACAAGUGGCCACGUCAUUCAGCAAGCUGCUCAAGCCGCAGCAAAAUAAUGCAAAUGUAUGGUCAAAAAAGCAAGUCCGUUGCGCUAGUUUUCGCUUGCUCUCCGAUUUGUUACCAGCUUGUACCGCGUAUUUUAAUUCAUCUCUUGAAUUAGAAUCUCCAGCACGUGGAGUGGAACAUCCGGCAAAAUGCGAACGGCACGCGGUACGACCCCCAAAAAACGCAUAGAAGAGCUUCCACAGCCACCAAGCUCUACGCGUGGAGUUUUUUUUAUUGUUAGAAUUCCAAACAGCAAAUGUUUGCACUGGGAUCUAUGAGCCUCUUUGAAAGCCUCUGAACUUCAACAUUUUUUGUUUCUGAUUUAAAGCAAACGAAAAUUGUAAGUGUUAAUUGCUCAAAGACGAGCGUGUGACCUCAAUCAUAAAGGUAACCAAUACUAUGCUUGCUUGCUAGGGAUGGCCAUUUAUAGGCCCUAUGCGACGUGAAAAGUCAAGGUAGUUGGAGCUUGUAAUACAUUCUUGCGAAACCCCUGCCCCCCCACACACAUUUGUACGUGUGCAGUAGAAGUUAUUGAAGGCAGGCCACACUCAAAAUUAUGAA